AUGCGUCAGGAAAUCGCACCGUCGCGGAUGAUUUUAAGUCCGCCGCGACUGUUGUCGCCCAUAACACUCAACGAACCUCGUUUUCGGUCUAUGAAAUCAAAGUCACCAAUGCCUUGUGGUGCUGCGUUAAGGCGAGGGCCUACCCGUGCCACUCGCUCGAUGAAUAAACGUCGUCGAUUCCCUCCUCACAUCGAGUCCCCUCUCGAUGCAAUUGGGCGCACUCCCAUGUUUGAUCGUCUACCGUGGAUUUCCACCAUGGAUUUCCCCCCACGAUUCGAUCUCUGCGAUACUGCGGAUCUGUCUCAACUGCCCGUACUAAGCGUUGAAGAACCCACGUUCUCAGACGCGAUCCCUGCGUCUGGACCUGUACGCCGUCGCAAGACAUCACUACGCUCAAACCCUUUGGGAAAUAAUCCGGAGUCAGAAUUACCAUCAAGACAACAAUUUCCUUUCCAGUACCCCAGCUGUGAACGGGAUUGUCCCAAGACUCCACCACCUAGGAUUCCAUUCGACCCCACGCGAGUCACUUUCCACGAUCUCAUGCCAGUCUUUCCACACGGUACUGGCAAGUAUAGCCCAUCGUAG